AUGGUGUGUGUCGAUUGGCGGCGGUCGAGAAGCCUUCAUUCAUCGAAACGCCUUUCAUUCGUAUUAGUGUGAAACCGGGCCAUCUGCGCGAGUUGGCCGGUUAACAUUCGAGUCAAAGCGUAUGAUACUAUUGAGGUGACUCGGCUUUUAGGGUGAAAUUGAGGACUGGCCCGGAACAAAACCUGGAUCAGUGCCACGAUGUCUAAGAGGCCAUCCUAUGCUCCUCCCCCUCCCCCUGCACCUACAACUCAAAUGGCCAAUACAGCAGGAUUUGUGGGGUACAACCCCUACAGCCAUCUGGCCUACAACAACUACAGACUGGGAGGGAGCCAAAGCAGCAACAGUCGGGUAACGAAUUCCUCUGGAAUAAAUAUACCAAAGCCACCCAAGCCUCCUGAUAAGCCACUGAUGCCGUAUAUGAGAUACAGUCGUAAGGUUUGGGAUCAAGUAAAAGCCUCCAAUCCCGAUCUGAAGCUAUGGGAAAUUGGGAAGAUAAUCGGUGGCAUGUGGAGGGACCUCACUGAUGAGGAGAAACAGGAUUAUUUGAAUGACUACGAAGCAGAGAAGAUUGAAUAUAAUGAAAGCAUGAAGGCCUAUCACAACUCGCCAGCUUACCUGGCCUACGUCAAUGCAAAAAGCCGUGCUGAGGCAGCACUCGAAGAAGAGAGCCGUCAGCGGCAGUCUAGACUGGAUAAGGGCGAGCCAUACAUGAGUAUUCAGCCCGCUGAGGAUCCAGAUGAUUACGAUGAUGGAUUUUCAAUAAAGCACUCUGCAGCAGCCCGUUUCCAGCGCAACCACCGUCUGAUCAGUGAGAUUCUCAGUGAGAGCGUAGUGCCUGAUGUGCGCUCUGUAGUCACAACUGCCCGUAUGCAAGUCCUUAAGCGUCAGGUCCAGUCUUUGAUGGUUCACCAGAGAAAGCUGGAAGCAGAGUUGCUUCAAAUUGAAGACCGCCACCAGGAUAAGAAACGAAAAUUCAUUGAAGCCACAGAUUCGUUCACAAAUGAGCUCAAAAGACUUUGCUGUAUGAAAGUAGAAGUGGAUAUGGAGAAAAUUUCUGCAGAAAUCUCUGCAGCAGAAGAGGCAGCCCGCAAACGGAUGGCCGAACGGGAGAAAGAUGCAGGUGACCGAGGAACAAAAGAGGCUCCCACUUGUGGCCCAGCAGCAGCAGCAGCAACAGAAGAAGAAAAACAUGGCAAAUCACAGCCAAAUCCCCUCGGUGAAAGUGCCAAUAAGGCAGCUGAGAACAGUGAGUUUGUCUCCAAAGAUCCAUCAGGGAAGCCGAAGGCUGCGGAGGAACUUCAGGAACAACCCGGCAGCGAAGAGGGCGCUUCAGAGGACAAGGAAAGUGUCCUCGAAGGAGCCAUGGAGGAGGGAACCAGUGACAGUAACACAGGUUCUGAAACCACUUCUGCUCAGACAGAAGAUGCUUUGACCAGUGAGCCAUCUGAGGCUUCCAGCAGGGCAAGAUCAACCCACUGAGUCACACCCCUGUGUCGGAACUAACCGCCUUUUUCCUCUUAUGGACGCUCAUGAAGUUAACCAUCUAUUAUCUCCUCCCCGCCCCGAAAGCAGGCAUAAGAGAUGCUCUUUGCAGCAGAAGUCAGCAAAUUCAUUGUUGUUUGAAAAGUAGUGUGUGUGCCACAGGAGCCUGCCCAAAGUAACCAAUCCACAGAAAGAACUGAUCUAGGCCCACUUAAGCAAAUAUAGUUUCAUAACUCUUAUAACAUGUUAAACAACUUCAUGUGAAUCAAUUGUUAUGUAUGUAACAAUGUUUGGUAGUGUAAUUGUUAUUUUUGCAUGUUUCAAUUCCGAAUAACUCUUAGUUUUUCCUUAGGCCUCGUGUGAUCUUAGCAGUAGACAUUGUUCACUACCAGUAUUGGUGUUAUGGUGACUGUGAGAGUAUUUUUGUGUGUGUGAGGGGUCGCUAGUAGUAUAGUGAUGCCAACUAUCGCGCUUGUUUUUCAUUUGUUAUAUUUUUGUUAUCCUAGUCCAUCUAAAGGUUUUAGAUAUAUCACUCAGUCAUCUGUGCUGUACAAUGAUCAGAUGAUCACAAGUAUUCUCAAGUUUGGUAGCUGUCAGUCAAGUCGAGAGCAGAACAUGCUCAAAUCUAAACUUACUAAGAUAUUGAUGAGGUUUGCUUGGAUAAGAAUAGCUCAUCCAUGUUGUCAUACAACAGCAUGAACAGUCCAGAAAAUGCAAUUUUAAAUGUUUUUUCUUGUACACAUUUCUGCCAAUAAACGUUUUUAUUCUAAAAACA